UUCUUGCACCAACAAUAGCCAAAUAACUUCGGAACAUCAUAUCAUGACAUGCAUACGAAGAGAUGUUCAAAAGAAUCGAGAUAGUGUCGCCAUGAUUGCUACAAUGUUGGUAAACCCUAAAGUUUUUAAUUGAAUUAAUAAAGCCAAAGCUUUAACUAUUGGAAUUAAAAAUGUCCAAGAUUCGUCUUUACUUUGUCAAUGAUAACAACAUUGUCAAUUUCAAACAAUAGUUUAUUAGAAACUAAAGAAAAAAAAAAGAUAUAUAAAUGAGUUGUUACAACGACCUUCCUAUGGGUUAAUUAUUUAAACAAGUCUAUGAUAAUUAAAAAGGAAUACCUUCGGAAAAUAAAAUGUUAUAAAAAAAGGAGGCAAUGCACAAUUGUGGCGACACUAUGAACUUGCUGAAGAAGGAAAAACCCUAAAAAAUAGAAGAAGAUGGACUAAACAAUUAUGAAAAACUAUAGAAUUUCGACUAUAAAUAGAUCAUCACACAUAUGGAUAUGUAUCACCCAAGAUAAAGUUUAUUGAAGAGCAAAAGAAAAAUAUAAAGUUUUGAAAAGGCAAAGCGAAAACAAAAGAAAUGGCAAAGAACCUCAACACUGUCAGCGUUACUGCUCUCUUGCUUGUCCUAUUGAUGGCUUCCACUGGAAUCCUAGAGACCGAGGCUGCAUGCUUCAAGUUCUUAGGCGAGUGUGGGGCGGUCCCGUUCACAGGUUCAAAUGCUGAUUGCAAAAGCUGUUGCGAGGGAAAAUUCGGAUCUGCAGCAGUAUGUGCUGGACGUGUUGAAGCUGAGGGAGGCGUGAAUCACUGCCAUUGCUACGGAACGUCUUUUUGCUUCCAAAUAAAACAUCAAGGGCAAAGCUUAACUUUGCUUGCCCCAAAGUGUAAGCUCAUGUUACUUUUGUUUCUUUGUUAAUCGUAAAAUCGUUUUGUGUUUUGUGUUUGUGUUUAAUCAGUCCAUGCCCGGCUACAUUCAAAUUUAUGUCCCUAGAAUAUUAACCACAAUCUUAGACAAUACAGUCAGAUUUAAACAUGCAUGUUUCAUUCUCAAAUAUAUAGAUAUAUGAUUAUUGCGUCAUCUGAUCGUACAUGUGGUUUAACUAGAACUUUAAGCUGGAUUUAUGCUGACACUUGGUACCUCCAAUGCUAAAACUUACCAAGAUCAUUGCAAUCAAUAUUGGUUCGAAUGAUGUGUUCAGAAAUAUUCACUAUAGACUAUAUAGAACUUGUUCAUGGACCCUGCUUUUUAAUUGGCUUAGGACUAUUUAUUAACCUAGUACUAUUAGUUACUUCUUCGGAUCUAUCCAGCAUGCAUUUCAUUUUAUUUUAACUGUA